CUGAUGUGACCCCCCUCGUCUUUUUUUUUUUUGAAAUGAUGGGGAUCUUUUUGGUUUAUGUUGGAUUUGUUUUCUUUUCCGUUUUAUAUGUACAGCAAGGGCUUUCUUCUCAAGCAAAAUUUACUGAGUUUCCGCGGAACGUGACGGCCACCGAGGGGCAGAAUGUGGAGAUGUCCUGCGCUUUCCAGAGCGGCUCCGCCUCGGUGUACCUGGAGAUCCAGUGGUGGUUCCUGCGGGGGCCCGAGGACCUGGAGCCCGGGGCCGACGUGGCCGGGGCACAGGUAGCCGAGUCGCGGUGCCCGCAUCCGUCCCCUCGCGUCCGUCCCACCCGCGGGCUUAGCCCGUCGAGUGUCCAGCGGGGGGCGGGGCCCGGAUGGAGCCUGGGGACCCAGCUGGCGCUCUGCGUGUGGAUGGCGCCCAGGGGUGAGCUUGGGACCAAGUUUGGGAAGGAAACCACUGGAUGUAGCACUUUUUUUUUAAUUUUACCUUUUUUACCUGCAAUUUUUCAGACAGUGAAAGUCCAAGGGAAUGACAUCUCGCACAAGCUUCAGAUUUCCAAAGUGAGGAAAAAGGAUGAAGGCUUGUACGAGUGCAGGGUGACAGAUGCCAAUUACGGAGAGCUCCAAGAGCACAGAGCCCAGGCUUACCUGAAGGUCAACGCCAACAGCCACGCCCGGAGGAUGCAGGCCUUCGAAGCCUCGCCCAUGUGGCUGCAAGAUGCCAAGCCUCGCAGAAAUGUCUCGGCGGCGGCCGCGCCCAGCAGCAUCCACAGCUCUGCCAACCAGCGAAUGCCGUCCACUUCCAGCCCUCAAGCGGUAGCCAAAAUCCCCAAACAAAGUCCACAAUCAGCAAAGAGCAAAUCGCCUGUAAAAUCUACGGAGCGGACAGCAAAGUUGACCCUAAACUCCAAGCACCACCACUCUGCACCCACUGCUCUCUAGUUACCCACCCAAGGAGCGCCUGCCUUCGGAAGCAUAAACGGAGAGGCUGCCUCACGCUUUGUUUAUAAUCUUGGCCAAAUCACUGAUCUUUCAUUUCAAGAGAAUUAGUGUGACGUGAUAGGACAUUUUUUUCUCAUAGCAAGAUCUACUUUUUUUUUCCCCCCCGUUUCUGUCGGAUACUCAGAGCAUCAUUUCACUGACUGCUCAGGGGUUGGCCUGACCGUCAUCGAUAGUGAAUAUUUACUGCAGAUCCCACUGGUUUCCUACUAAAAGAUCCAUUCCCUGCAGGAAAUGAGCAGAAAUCACAAGGCUACAGAACACAAACUAUCACCAAACAAAACCCCCGUUUGGGGGCAAGAACAAAAUUAUCCACGCUGCAAGUCAAGAAAGAAAACAUUGUCUUAAAUAAGGAAUAAUAAAAGAAUUUUUUUUUAAUUUUCCCUUUUCUCUUGGGUUUUGGGGUUUUUUUUUUUUCCUUUUUCUUGAUGAUACUUCUUGUAUGGUGGCAAGUGGUGAUUUCGGCCAAUCCCUGUCAAUCCUGGGAGUUCAUAUAAAAACAUUCUGAGUGUUCUAGAUUUCAGUGCAUUUUGAUUCAUUUUGCAAUUCCUGUAUAUGCCAAUGACAAAUUCUGUAAAUUGCUUAUAGUAUGUGUGAAAUAGCAUCAAAGUAGAUAGACAAUGACCCUCAUGCAAGCUGAUUUUUAUCAUUCUAUAUAUAAAUAUAGACAUAUGAAUAUCUGUAUGUUGGGCCGUCGACCAACCCUUUUUUGAUAAAGCAUUUGUUUUUUCACUUACAAUUCAUACAUUGUGGGACUUUUGUAAUGCACUGGUGCACUUCCACAGGUUUGACAGUUGCAGAUGGUCCUGACUGCCCUCUGCUUCCUUCUGGAAAAUGCAUCUUCAAAACUGUAUCGGUCUCUGAUAAAGGAAUUGAUUGUGUUGUGUGUAUGCUGUGUUGGAAUUUGCUACGUUCCUUUCUCUAUGGUGUUUAUUCGGGUUUGAGGAUCUUUUGACUCUGAAGAAUGUAUGCUCUCUGGUUUUGACAGCCAUUCCUGGAUGGUCAUCAUUUUUAUUGUCAAAGAGCAAUGUUGUCCCUGGAAAAUUUGCCUCGGAAAUGGGGAUGGGAAAGGCGAAGGGGUCAUCACGAUUCCUUAACUUCCUGGAAGAACACUUCUCACUGUGGCUAAAAGCGCUGCUUCCUUUGAACCUUUAUGAUUUUGGCGAGCUUUGUCAUUCUGUUAUUUGCUGCUAAUUACAUUUUCAUGUCUCCUAAUUAAAGAUUAAAAUUUGGUUGUUGGCUAAAUCUAGUAUGCAAAAGAUGACUGCAAAUCUCUGACUAAAGAAGACGGUGUGCUCCGUUUUCACUAGUUGAGCAAAUUAUAACAUUAAACAUUCCACUCCUA